CUUCCGGGCGGACUUCCGGUGCCGGAAUCUCAAGGACCGUCUGCCCGGCGCUCAGCUUCCCGGUCUGCAGAAGCGGGAGGGUGCUGGAGGUCGGGCGGCGGCAGAGCGGGCGGUGCCGGACUCGGGGUGACGUGGACGCAGGUGGAGCCUGCGAGCCCCCGCCGCUGGAGGCGUUCCCCUCCUGGGCGCUUUACUUGCUGCCACGCGAAGCAUGCCUGCAUCCCGGGGCCUCCUUUCUCCCCGGAACCCCCUCGCGUGUCUGGAGCAUCCACCCCUGGGAGGAACUACCUCUCUCGCCGCAAUUUGGACCCAGUUUCGGCUCUUCUGAGGCAUUAACACCCCCAGGACCUGAGGGCGCGAGUCCUGACCCCACCUGUCCAACCCUGACCCCAUCACCAAAUCCAAGCCGAAUUGUGAUCUCUGACCCUAUCCUGACCCGACCAUACUUUGUUAGGCCCACCUGGAACCUGACUUGCCCUCCCCGCGGCUGUGACCUCUGGCCCCACUCAGACGGCGUCUUGGACCCAGCCGGACCGCCAUGGCCCGGCGCUCCCACUCUGCCGCUGCCCUGGACACUUUGCUGGCUCCAGCCGCGCGUGCAAAGCUGCUGUCGAUGGCCGCCCUCUACCUGGUGCAAGGCCUGCCCUACGGGCUGCAAUCUGGCCUGCUGCCUAUGCUGCUGCGGGUCCGCGGCCUUUCAUUGACGCGAGUGGGGCUGGCCAAGGGGCUGUAUGCGCCAUGGCUGUUCAAGCUGCUGUGGGCCCCACUAGUGGACACAAGGGGCCCUCCACGGGUCUGGUUGGCGCUCAGUACGGCUGCACUGGGUGUAGUGUGUGCGCUGCUGGCAGCGCUGCCUCCAGCAGAGGCUGGCCAGGUUGGGCUGCCGAUCUCCGCAGCAGUGUUGCUUCUGUUGCUAAACGUGGGAGCAGCCGUGCAGGACGUGGCCCUCGACACACUGGCUGUGCAGCUCCUGGAACCAACCGAGCUGGGCCCUGGCAACACAGUGCAGGUGGUUGCCUACAAGCUGGGAGCGGCUCUGGCUGGGGGUGGGCUGCUGGCCCUGGUGCCCACUCUCUCCUGGCCCCUGCUUUUCCUGCUCCUGUCUGUCACCUAUCUGCUAGCUGCUGCACUGGCUUGGGCCUCACCAGCCCUGCAGCAGCUGUCACAAUCUCAGCCUUUAGAGCCAGCCCCUCACCCUGGGCACCACCUGCAGGCCCUGCUGGCUGUGCCUGGGACUUUGUGGAUGGCCGGCUUCGUGCUUACCUACAAGUUGGGUGAGCAGGGCGCUGGCAGCCUGUUCCCACUUCUCUUGCUGGACCAUGGCGCCUCUGCCCCGGAGCUAGGACUGUGGAAUGGCAUGGGUGCAGUGGCCUGUUCCAUCGCUGGCUCCUCUCUGGGUGGGGCCCUGCUGGCCAGGCACCGGCAGCCGCUGCCCCUCCUGAGGCCAGUGCUGCAGCUCCGCCUGGUGGGCCUUGCGUGCCAAACUGCUCUACUCUUUCACUUGGAUGCCCUGGGGACCAGUGUGGGCCCUGGUACAGCCCUGAAAGGGCUGGCCUUAUUGAGCCUGUGUCUGCAGCACUUCCUGGGGGGCCUGGUCACCACUGUCACCUUCACUCUGAUGAUGCGGUGUAGCCAGCUUGCACACAGUGCCUUGCAGGCCACACACUACAGCCUCCUGGCCACCCUCGAGCUGCUGGGAAAGCUGCUGCUGGGGACGCUGGCUGGGGCACUGGCCGACAGCCUGGGGCUGUGGCCCUGCUUCUCCCUUUUCCUGGCUCUCUCGGCUGUGCCCACUCUCUACUUGGGCCUGGCACCCAGCUCCCUGGCCUAGUAGCCAAUAAAAACGAGUGUGCGGGACCCUGGCUGUGUGUGCAGUGCAUGAAACUGCUGUUGGGAAGCAGGGUUCUGAAGAUAGUCAAGGUCCUUUUAU